AUGAUUGAUAGGGUUACAACGGGUGGAAUCGCAAGCAAUGUUUCUCCAGCAGCAGCUGAAGAGAGCAAGGAUGCAGAUGCUGUUGACUCUGAAAUAGUGCGGCAGGAGUUUUCAGCCGUUCGGUUUCUCAAGCACAAUGUUCGGGAUGACUAUGACGAUUUAACGGAAAUCGCCUUACUGUAUCGCAUCAAGCUCGUUCCCGCCUUUGCCUUCUUCAAGGACGGUUCAUGCAUUGGCCAGAUCGCAACAAGAGACACUUCCAGGGUGGCAGCUGCGCUGGCAACCCUGCUAUCAGGGCAGAAGCUGUGA